AGUCCACACUAGUGGGUACGACAAUUUCAAUAUUAAGGUGCCAGAUCUCAGCUGGUUCAUUUAAUAACGAAUCGAACUGUCGCUGCGAACGGACCUCAAGAACUCAACGUUAAUCCCAAUCGAUAUACCGAACUUAGCAAAAUGAAUUGUCUAUCCGCGACGGUUAAGUACUUACUGUACUUGCUCAAUGUUGUCUUUGUGGCUGGUGGCAUAUUGCUCUUGGUGGUUGGAUCCAUAAUGCUGUCCGACAUCGGCACUUUUGACUCUUUCUCUGACACAGUCAAUGGACGCACCAUUCCCAUUUGCAUAAUCGUGCUUGGAUGUAUUAUCUUUGUGGUGGCCUUCAUUGGCUGCAGUGGCACAAUCCGUGAAAAUGCCGGCUGCACCACAGUCUAUGCCGUUUGCAUGUUCAUUUUGUUCGCCUUGCAAUUGGCACUGUCGAUUUGGAUCUUUGUGGAGUAUGAUAAUUUUGUUGAGAAAAUGGGUAAUCUGGUGGACACUGCGUUUAAAGAGAACGAUUCUGACGGUAGAUUCCCCAUGGAUACUCUCCAGCAAUCUUUGGAAUGCUGCGGCGUAAAGGACUUUACCGAUUAUGGAGACAAAGUUCCGCUUUCGUGCUGCGGCUACUUGAAACAAGGCGAGACCUGCGAGCCAGCAGUUUAUACCGCACGACCUGGCUGCCGUGAGAAGUUCACUGAUUUCUGGAAAUCCAAUAUGAGCCUCAUUAGUUGGGGUAGUUUGAUAAUUGCGCUCUUCGAGCUGACCAUCUUUGUGAUUUCUUGCUGCUUGGCCAGCGCUAUGAGGAAGCGCUAAGCUAAAUUAAUUCAGUCAUCCUUACAUCACCUGUCAAAAUGUUCAUCAAAUCCAUAAAUAAACAAUAGGUUAGACUCUUA